GACGCUCAGAGACAACUCAGUGAUGAGGAGAAGAAGUGGCCGUACAAGUUUGUCACCGCACCAGAAUACAAUGCACAAGGGAGGGGCAGUGUGUCGGGGGUACUUAAUGUGGAUGGGUCGCCGAAUAAAGAAUGGGUAUACCUUAUUCUGACCGAACCUCACGUUGAUGACCCCCAGUUAGAGACGGCUACUUACAUGUAUUCUGCAAUUGCUGAUCAAAAUGGUCAAUUUACAAUACCAGCUGUGAGACCAGGCACAUAUAAGCUGCAAGUGAUAGCAAAGGGUGUGGUUGGAAAGUACAUUCAAAACAACAUUAAUGUGCAAGCGAAUGAGAACACCGAUACUGGCACGAUCAAUUGGAGGCAAGAAAGUCAUGGCAAACUACUUUGGCAGAUCGGUGUACCUGAUAGAACUUCGGCAGAGUUUAAAUCACCAGCUGGCUUUCCAUCACCUGUCCCUAAUUUAGAAGGUACUCCAUUAUUUAAGUAACUGACUAAACAAAUA